AUGGAUAGCUCAGGAUUCAUGCCCGCCUUCGAGAGCCUCUCGCAGCUCCGUGAUACGCAGUCCAGCACGGCCAGACGUCAGUCUCACUCCGACCAGCAGGUCAAGGGAAACUACCUCGGUCAGCUGUUUCACAACAACUUUGGACGGAACAUUGGAAAGUGA